CCCGGGAAAAUGGCUCUCUCUAAAGUUCUACUAGUUCUGUGCCUCAUCGCCGCCAUCGGCUCCAUCUCCGGGCUCAGCAUCACGGACAAGAUUCAGGAAGCGCUGGUGUCCGCCAUCCGAUCGCGUGCCCGCUCCUGGGUCGCCCAGGUGUACGAUCGGCCGGAAGAGUUUGGCGUGAUGAAAAUGAGCCUCGGUCUGAACGAGUCUGAACUCAACAGUCUGCCACGGCUGCAGAAUCAACGCUCGGUUCGCGCCCUGCCGGCGAGCUUUGACGCGCGCCAAAAGUGGCCUUACUGCCCAUCGCUGAACCAAAUCCGCAGCCAGGGAUCUUGUGGAUCGUGCUACGCCGUGUCGACUGCUGCGGUCAUUACCGAUCGUUACUGCAUCCAUUCCGGGGGUGAACGGCAGUUCUACUUUGGAUCAACGGGCUACCUGUCCUGCUGUACGGACUGUUACAAGUGUGACGGUGGCUACGUGCACAAAACUUUUGAUUACUGGGUGAAGUAUGGUCUCACCAGCGGGGGACCGUACCAUUCUGGGCAGGGUUGUAAGCCGUACCCAUUUGGCGGCGCUACCCAGGAUGUGAACAUCGUUCUGAAAUGCGAUCGCCAGUGCCAGGCCGGAUAUCCGCUGACCUACAGCCAGGACCUCAAGUAUGGAGCCAGUUCGUACAUUCUCCCAUGGGGAGACGAAAAUGCGAUGAAAGCCGAGAUCUAUCAGAACGGUCCGAUUGUUACGUCCUUUGAUGUGUAUGGCGAUUUCUUCCAGUACAGGAGCGGAGUGUAUCGACACGUUACGGGUGCAUACAAAGGUAGUCACGCGGUUCGAGUCAUUGGAUGGGGCGUUGAGAACGGAGUCAAGUACUGGCUGUGUGCCAACUCGUGGAAUGAGCGAUGGGGCGAAAAUGGCUUCUUUAAGAUUGUCCGUGGCGAAAAUCAUGUGGGAGUCGAGGACAUUAGCUAUGCUGGACUGCCCAAGUAUUAGAAAGGGGAUAAGAUUGUAACUCACAAAAGUAGUGAAUAAAGUUUGGAAUGAUUAAAUC